AUGCCUGUGAGAAACAAAAAUCCUAAAUCUGCCCAGGAUUGCAUCCGGUCUGAGUUGUCACUUGGUGAAGAAGUGGUGACUAUUAGACGCAAUGCACCCGCAGCUUUGCUCUACGAAGACGCAUUGCGCGAAGCUCGUACAACAAUUGCCAGUUCAGGAGCUCUUAUUGCAUUUUCUGGGGCAAAAACAGGACGGUCCCCUCGUGACAAACGGAUAGUUGAUGAACCGUCAUCCAGAGAUAACGUCUGGUGGGGUCCUGUGAAUCGUAAGUGCUCUGAAAAGACUUGGAUGGUAAAUCGUGAGCGAGCUGCUGAUUAUCUCAGAACACGGGACCAUUUGUACAUCGUGGACGCGUAUGCCGGAUGGGAUCCACGGUACCGCAUCAAGAUUCGCGUUGUGUGCGCCAGAGCAUACCAUGCACUAUUUAUGACAAACAUGUUGAUCAGACCCUCUCCCGAAGAACUCAAAAACUUCGGUGAGCCUGACUUUACUGUGUGGAAUGCGGGUCAAUUCCCAGCAAACACUCACACCGACGGAAUGACGUCCAAGACCACGGUGGAAAUCAAUUUCGCCAAGAUGGAAAUGAUCAUUCUGGGUACCGAAUAUGCGGGAGAAAUGAAGAAGGGCAUUUUCACGGUGAUGUUCUACUUGAUGCCUAUCAACCACAACGUCUUGACGCUUCACUCCUCCGCGAAUCAAGGUAUCAAAGAUAACGAUGUGACCUUAUUUUUCGGACUCAGCGGGACUGGAAAGACAACGCUGUCUGCAGAUCCCGCUCGUAAACUGAUUGGCGACGACGAACACUGUUGGUCGGAUCACGGCGUCUUCAACAUUGAGGGAGGAUGCUACGCCAAAUGCAUCGGUCUCAGCGAAGAAAAAGAACCCGAAAUUUUCCAAGCAAUCAAGUUCGGUUCGGUUUUGGAAAAUGUAGGGUACGAUCCUUUGACCAGAGAGGUCGAUUACGACGACUGUGAGAUCACGGAAAACACACGUUGCGCGUACCCCAUUGAUUUCAUCCCAAGCGCUAAGAUUCCCUGCUUGGCGAACGAGCACCCCAAAAAUAUUGUGUUGCUGACAUGCGACGCCUCAGGUGUAUUACCACCAGUUUCAAAGCUAACUCCUGCUCAGGUUAUGUAUCACUUUAUCAGCGGGUACACUUCUAAAGUUGCCGGUACAGAAGAGGGUGUCACAGAGCCUGAAGCCACCUUCUCAUCAUGCUUUGGUCAACCAUUUUUGGCUCUUCACCCUCUCAAAUACGCUACAAUGCUUGCUGAGAAGAUGGAAAAGCACAGUGCAGACGCUUGGUUGGUGAAUACUGGAUGGACUGGUGCUAGUUUUGUUUCUGGCGCUCAGAGAUGUUCUUUAAAGUAUACGCGUGCCAUCUUGGAUGCCAUUCAUGACGGCUCGCUAGCCGCUGGAGAAUUUGAGGUUUUACCCACAUUCAACUUGCACGUACCGCUUCACGUUAACAAUGUUCCCAACGAUUUAUUGAAUCCAGCGACAAGUUGGAACCAUGGUAAAGCCGAUUACCAAAAAGCGGUAAAGUCCCUGGGUCACUUGUUCGCUUCUAAUUUCCAAAAGUACGCAGAGCAGGCUACUUCCGAAAUCAUUGCUGCCGGUCCAGUAACGUAG